CUCUCGGGGGCGGGCCCAGCGGCGGAAGUGGCGCCGCGGGGAGAUCCUGUUCCGCUCGGAGGCUCGGCCGGGGCUGCUGAGCCGGCCUGCGGCUGGGGCAGGAAGACCCCGGGCGGUGGCUGACAUGGGACAGCUUCCUUUGAAAACGGCAGUGGAUGACUUUCCUAACUGACAUCAAAAGGACCCUUUAAGGAGUCUUUCCCGAGUUUUUAGAGGGGCGCAACACCAGUGACACUGGUUCCUGGUUGACAUAGUUGGCCCGCGCCCCCACCGCCACCGCGCACCUGGGCGUCUGCGUCUCCUUGUGUUUUCUUCCACCUGUUCUGACCGUAGAGAGCUUAUCACCCCAGACAUAGUAUACGUUUACUAGUCUGCAUUUACUGCCUGUCUUCUCCUUCUAUAACGCAAACUUCACGAGGGCAGGAACACUCUUGCUUUGCUCCAUGCUGUGUGUCCAGCACCCAGAGCGGUACCAGGCUCACAGAAGAUACUCAGAUUGCUCAACUCAUAAGGGCAGACUGAGAUUUGAACCCUGACCUCAGAGUCCAGCACUCUUGCCAUGAUGCCAACUGCCUACUGUUGUCUGCCUUGAGUCUGGGAGCCUACCCGAGAGCUCCUCCUGCAGUCUGGCCAAUACUGGCAUUUCCUGGGCCUUGCAGCUGAGGCCCCGCCUUCCCCGCCUGGAGGUGGGGGCCCAGCAGGAUGAACAAACUGUCUGGGGAGCUGGCCCGCGACUUGGAGCGCAGCCUGCCAGCCGUGGCCUCCCUGGGCUCAUCGCUGUCCCACAGCCAGGGCCUCUCGUCACACUUCCUCCCACCACCUCCAGAGAAGCGCCGAGCCAUCUCUGAUGUCCGCCGCACCUUCUGUCUCUUUGUCACCUUCGACCUGCUUUUCAUCUCCCUGCUCUGGAUCAUUGAACUGAACACCAACACAGGCAUCCAGAAGAACCUGGAGCAGGAGAUCAUCCACUACAACUUUAAAACUUCCUUCUUUGACAUCUUUGUCUUGGCCUUUUUCCGCUUCUCGGGACUGCUCCUGGGCUAUGCUGUGCUGCGGCUCCGGCACUGGUGGGUGAUUGCGGUCACCACACUGGUGUCCAGUGCAUUCCUCAUUGUCAAGGUCAUCCUCUCUGAGCUGCUCAGCAAAGGGGCCUUCGGCUACCUGCUCCCCAUCGUUUCCUUUGUCCUUGCCUGGUUGGAGACCUGGUUCCUUGACUUCAAAGUCCUACCACAGGAAGCGGAAGAGGAGAGAUGGUAUCUUGCUGCCCAGGCUGCUGUCGCCCGUGGACCUCUGCUCUUCUCUGGUGCUCUGUCUGAAGGCCAGUUCUAUUCACCCCCAGAAUCCUUUGCAGGGUCUGACAAUGAAUCAGAUGAAGACGUUGGGAAGAAAAGCUUCUCUGCCCAGGAACGGGAGUACAUCCAUCAGGGAAAGGAGGCCAUGGCAGUGGUGGACCAGAUCUUGGCCCAGGAGGAGAACUGGAAGUUUGAGAAGAACAAUGAAUAUGGGGACACUGUGUACACCAUCGAGGUCCCCUUCCAUGGCAAGACAUUCAUCCUAAAGACCUUCCUGCCCUGCCCUGCGGAGCUAGUGUACCAGGAGGUGAUCCUGCAGCCCGAGAGGAUGGUGCUGUGGAACAAGACGGUGACUGCCUGCCAGAUCCUGCAGCGAGUAGAGGACAACACCCUCAUCUCCUACGAUGUCUCUUCGGGGGCCGCGGGCGGGGUGGUCUCCCCCAGGGACUUCGUGAACGUGCGGCGCAUUGAGCGGCGCAGAGACCGGUAUGUGUCAUCGGGCAUCGCCACCACCCACUGCGCCAAGCCCCCAACACACAAAUAUGUCAGGGGAGAGAAUGGCCCUGGGGGCUUCGUCGUGCUCAAGUCAGCCAGUAAUCCCCGAGUCUGCACCUUCGUCUGGAUCCUUAAUACAGAUCUCAAGGGCCGCCUGCCCCGGUACCUCAUCCACCAGAGCCUCGCGGCCACCAUGUUCGAGUUUGCCUUUCACCUGCGGCAGCGCAUCACAGAGCUGGGGGCCCGGGUGUAACCAUGCCCCCUCGCCACCCUGCAGGCCGGGGUCCUGUCACCACAGCCUUCAGAGCCUGAGCGGGGGCCAGUGGGGCUUCCCGAGGCCCACAGAGGACCUGGCCUCAUGCAGUGGGGAGGAAGAAGUGCCCUCCUGUGGCAGCACCUUGGCCCCAAGCUGCCACCCCCACUGUGCUUCGCUGUGCCUGGGAGCCGCGGCUGUGAGCAGGUCGUGAGGUCAGGCAUCUGGACUUCAGGGCUCGGCCGCUGUUUACACAAGGACUGGCCCUGCCUCGUGGGGGAAGAGAUCCACUGGCCCCUCCGUAGCCAGGGGCAGGAUCUGGAAUGGGAGCAUCAGACUUGGUUGGGGAGGGCCAGAUCCCUGAGCUGGACAGGGAUCAGGGUGGCCUUGGCAUCAGCCUUAAGGUGUAGGAGCCCCUUCGCCUGCCUGCUCUCAUUGUGGAUUUUUAGGAUUAUUUAAAGGGUCUGGGACCUUUUUCCACAUGCACUUGUAGGGGAGCGGGUGGUAGGUGGGGGUGGUGGGUGCUGGCAGUGAACCUCUGCCACUCCCAGAUUUUCUCCCCUCCUCAGGGUUCCUUGGGGACCUUUGUAAUUUGAGCCAAUUAUUAAAAACAAACUAAAAAAAAACCAUAAAAAAACAAAGCCCCUCC